UUGAUUACAUGGUGACUGACCUAAAUGGAGGACCUCGACCUCCCUCACGCUACGAGGAGCGAUACAAAAAGACCACAUUCAAGGGUGGUGCAAUUGCAGGACAGCUGACAACAGUAGGGAUGCAGCAGAUGUUUGCCCUGGGGGAAAGGCUGAGGAGAAGCUACGUGGACGAAGCCAACUUUCUCUCACCAACAUUUAAGCCUGCUGAGGUUUUCAUCCGUUCCACUAAUAUUUUCCGGAAUCUGGAGUCCACACGGUGCCUGCUAGCUGGACUGUACCAACAGCAGAAAGAAGGAUCUGUUGUCAUUGUCACUGAUGAAGCAAGCUCUGAAAUCCUCUACCCCAAUUACCACAACUGCCAGCACCUGAAAUGCUUGAGCAGGUAAUUGCCAGCCAUACCUCCCCAUAUGAUUUCACUGCUGUUUCAUUUCAGCAGUAGUAAUUUAAAACUGCACAUUUUCUUCCCAUUUCCCAAU